AGUUCAAGGCGCAAUGUUAUGACGAAGCAUUUAGGCCAUAAUACAAACAAAAAGCUGAACGAAGGACGUAGUAAGUAGAAAAAAUCUAAAACAUUCAACCAAUAAAAGUUGGGCGGGGCCAAUUCCAGUAGCCUAUGGCCUUGGCGUGCAACGCGUGAGACUUUCUUCUUCUUAUUAAACCCUUGACGAAUCGAUUGGUAAAGCGCAUCAUCUUGAACGGAGCAAAAUUGUUCUGUGCUUAAAUAGGCGCCCUUUUGUACGUUCAGACAUAGGCUACGCUACAUUUCAUCAAGAUGCAAACCAAUGUUAUGUCCGACAUGAUUGAAUUAAACGGUAAAGACUUGGGCAGGGCGCUCUGCAUCAUCACCGGAGCGUCGAAAGGAUUUGGCCGAACCAUAGCGAAGGAGAUACCCAGGUUCCUCAAACAGAGGUCGGUGCUUGUGCUGGCUGCACGGUCUGCCGACCAUCUGAGGGACGUUCAAGCUGAAUUAGCCGCAUCGGAGGCAAACAAAUUCGGUCUGGUGACAAGGUGUGUGGUUGCAGACCUUGCGAUGAAAGAAGGCGUCGAAAGUGUCAUUAGUGCGGCGAAGAAGGUCUCUUCGGAAGAUAUGGAUCAUCUGAUUUUAGUGAAUAAUGCUGCCUCUUUAGGUAAUGUAUCUCGCUAUGCCCAGACCUUCACCAACAUAGCAGAAGUGGACUCCUAUCUGUCCUUCAACAUCAGCUCUGCCCUGAGCCUCACAGCUGGGGUGCUGCAGGCAUUUCCAAAAAGCCCGAGCCUGCGACGUAGCGUUGUCAACAUCAGCUCCCUGUGCGCCCUGCAGCCCUUCCCCUCGUGGGUGCUGUACUGCACGGGCAAGGCUGCCAGAGACAUGAUGUUUCGAGUGCUGGCGGAGGAGGAGCCGGAUCUGAGGGUGCUCAACUACGCCCCAGGUCCCCUGGACACAGAUAUGCAGGUGGAGGCCAGAGCCAACACAGCCGACUCCAAUGUGAGGCAGUCCUUUGCAGUCAUGCACUCUCAAGGUCAGCUCCUGACCUGUGAAGAGUCCUGCGCCAAGCUCAUGAAGGUGCUCCUGGAGGACAACUUCCCUUCCGGAGCUCACCUGGACUACUACGACUUAUAAACAGGAAGCAAGACCCUCAUUUGAAGGGGCUUUGUUUGAUAUAAAUCAAAUGAGGGUCUUGUAGUGGUCAGUUUUCAAAUGUAUUUACCAUUUGUUUGAUAUAAUGUUGAUCCAUCUAAUAGCUUUGGAAGUUCUUUAAUUGUCCCAAUGGGAGCCCUACAUUCCUGUCAGAGGGUUCACCCACAGUGGGUUGGCUAAAAAACAAUAUUUUUUCACCAACUGAAAUUUGUUUUAGGUCAGCUUUGCAAAAUUAGAGCUUUUGUUUAGCCAAUUACAAUGUCCUGCUUUUACCAAAUUUGUGACUUGAUGAUCUCUGCCAAGAUACACUGGCAAGUUUGAAAUCAAGUACCGUCUGUUCUCAUUGGUUUAACAAUGAUUAGUUAUUGCCCGUCAUAUGAUGAUGAUGAUGAUGAUGAUGAUGACUGUGCCUUUAUCCUAGAAUAGUUUUUAAUAUCGUCCUUUGGUUUUGAUAAUACUGAAUUUAACUAGACAUUAGCUUGUAAAACCUAAUUCUUCAACCAAGGUUUGUUAUUACAUUAUAUCUCUUAACAUCCUAACACUGCUAAAGUGGGUUUAGACCGUACAUGGCAUGUGUCUGAUACCUUCUCAGAUCCAAGCCAGUGUGAAAUAUCUUUCAAAUUAUGCUAACAAAAUGUAAUGAUUUUCUGUUAUGUGUUAUGUAUAAUUAUAUAUAAAUCAUUUGAGUAACACAUUACACAUACAUUUGGUUUGCUUAAUGUGCACUUUUUGGUUUGUUUUUCACUGAAUCCAAAACUACCCAGCCAUAACUUGGUCAUGGCACACGUCUUACACAAUUUCACAAUUGGCAAUAUUAAGUAAUACAAAGGUUCACACUGCUUUUAUCCAAAGUGGUGUACAGUGUGUGUGUAUACAGCAUAAGGCAGUAUUGUAAAUCAAGAACUAGAAGUCAACGGCUUUUUCCAAACAAGUUCUACUGAGCAGUGUAUGAAACAGUUGGAUACAGAUGUAUCUUUGUAGUUUAGCAUGACUGAAUAAUGAUAGAAAAAUAACCCAGAUUAAUCCACUGACUGAAAAGGAUGAAGCUGUACCAAAACAUACCAAAUUGUAAUGCAAUUAUACUCAUGACCAAUUCUAACCCUGCAACCACAGCCACUCCGUCGCACACACAUGCUAACUAUAAACAGCUUGUUUAUCUCAUGCAGUAUAUUGCUCAAAAGACUUUUGUUUCAAUAGCUUGCUUUUUUAUUUCAAAUCACAGUGUGAUGUGAUGACCCAUAAAGUUCAAUCACAAAAUUCCAAUAAAAAAAUAUUGCGUCACAUUCUGGGAGUAGCUCAAAGGAGUGGUGAAGGGGGUGUGAAGGAUCUUUAAGUGAUGGAGUCUGCCUUUUGUUUUACUACGUGACUGUAAAGGUUUGAGUUCUACCAGGAUGCUGAAUGUGAAAACUGAUUCGAUGAGUGCCAGGUGUACUGCUGUUAAAAUGUCUUCUCAAAUUAAAACAUUUCAGCUUUCGCAGUAGAA